AUGCCAUCAUUUGCAGAUAGUUUUUGGACUGAUGACUCCAGUACGGGUGUGCAAACCCUUUUUGCACAGUUGCACGAGGGAUGUAAUCAAAAUGACUUAUUCAUACAGUUAUUCGCAUCGCGAAUGCAGUAUGAGGUUGUUUAUGGGCGUCAGUUGUGUAACAUGCGCUCUGGUAUCGAUAAAUUUGAUGCUCAAAAGUCGACUAUCAGUAAUGCUUUAAAUGAGAUUAUCGAUCAAAUGGUUCAGGAGGGCAACCAUCAUUUGACGAUUGCUUCGAACAUUGAGGCUACCGUUUUGACUCCUUUUAGUAAGUGGAGUGAGGAGCAUCGACAAAGGAUUGAAUACAGUGAGAAAAUACUAAACAAAAGCUUAACUAAAUUUGGAAAAUCCAAGAAAUAUGUGGAGAAGCUAGAGCAAACGUACUUCAACAAAUGUAGAGCUCUUGAAGAUUUCAAAAGAGAGCAAUUCAAUGAGGAUGAUUUGGCAAGUGCCAUGGAAGCUCUUCAAUUGCAAAAAGAACAUGAUAAAACUGUAGCAAAGGAGCGUGAAUUUCAGGAAUUUGGCACUUUUGGUUCAAUUAGUUUGGAUUAUAAAUCUACAAGAGAAAUUCUUCAUGCAUUGUUGACACAGUUAGAAAAGCAAGAGUAUAAAGUCCCAUUGAUUAAUUACAUUAUUCCAAAUACAAAUAAUGGUAGUGAAAUUGUAAAGUUUCUCUUGCAACAUAUGUCUUUAAAAGAUUUAGAUCAGGCGGAGGCAUUUGGCCAAGAUCUACUUAAUAAAGGUUUUUUAAAGUACUGCAAUGGCGUUGGGACUAGCUUUAUUAACUCAAAAAAGUUUCAAUACCAGUGGAAGGCUUAUGCGUAUGAGUUUGCGCGUGUUUCACAACCGGGAACAGAAUUAGAAGAUAUUAGUGGUGAUAAUACGAGUGAGUCGGGAUUUUCCAAUUCAGUAAUAUCUAAUGAACCAAGUAGAUUUAGCGCCUAUUUCCAUGAUAUUACGUCAAGAAUCACAAGUUCGGAGCCUUCACAAGAGAUGACCAAGUAUAAUGAUGCUUCAAGCCCAUCUAGUAACUUACAAUCACCACUUCUAACCGAACAACAGAGGACGCUUCUAAAGCUAUUCAAUGAUGUGGACAUAGCAGAUGCAAAGUACCGUCAUGAAUGUAUGAAGAUGGACUCCUUGCGUUGCUCAGUCGAGGAGUUAAUUGUUGAUCACUACACUUUCAUGGAAAAAUGUGAAAAUGACAGACUUGUUGCCGUUAAGAAGGUUACUUUGGACUUUUGUGCUACCUUGGGUAACAAAAUUUCCUCCAUGAAAAUAGCAGUUGAAAGAAUGAUCGCCAGCGAAAAUUCAAUGGAUCCUGGUGCGGAUAUAUUAAAUCUCGUUGAGAAGUACCGUACAGGAGUUUUCCAACCAAAAGUUAUUCCUUACAAUAAUUACUACAAUCCAGGUGGCUACCAGGUGUUUGGUAUUGAUUUAGAGUCUCGUUGCCGUCUGGACAAAAAAACGGUUCCGAUAAUUGUAUCUACUCUUCUAUCCUAUAUGGAUCAGAUAUACCCGGAGAUGGAGAAUGAUAAUGAAAGAACUACUGUAUGGACUGUACCGGUAAAGUUGCAGUCCACACAUCAGCUACGAAAAUUACUUAAUGACAGGCCAUUCAAAAACGAAGAAGAAAUAUUUAAUAUAAUCAAAGAUUGCAAAGCCGAACCAAGUUUAGUUGCCAGCUUGUUAAAGAUAUAUUUGUUAGAGCUUCCCACCCCCUUGAUCUCUGAUAACAUAUAUGAUGUUAUGAAAAGUUUAUAUUCAGAGUUUCCUCCUGUUCCUAAUGAAGGGGUGACUUCUCAUGGCCAGGAAACUAUUGACAAGCACAGAAUACAAGGUCUUAUUCAUACUUUGAGUACAUUAUCCAAACCACGGGUAGCCACUUUAGAUGCCAUCACAAACCAUUUCUACAGGUUAAUUAAAAUUUUAAAGAUGAGUGAACUGGAAGCCAGCCAGGCCUUAGCUGAUGAUUUGGCCAUUAGAAUCUCACAAGAAUUUGCCAAUUGUAUUAUUCAAGUAAAAUUACCGGAUGGUAACGAUUUAGGCUAUAAAAUCUUUUAUGAUUUGUUGACUUAUAAGAAACAAAUAUUUAAAGAUUUGAAAGGCCACGGCUCAAGGAGCAACAAAUCCACUCAUUCAAAUAAAGACAACGACAGUCAAUAA